UUAGCUGUUUCCAAGAAUUGUUUGUAAGCAAUUGUUGAUGAUAUUUGGGAAAGUGCAGGAAGUGUUUCAUUCUCAGCUGUUGUCUAUUAAUCGAGUGAUGAGGAGAAGGGCAAUGUUUGCGUGAUGUUUCCACGUCACUGUAUGUGAGGUUGAGCGUGACAGGUGAGCAUGCGGCCGAGUGACAGCCUCGUGGAGUCAUUCUUUUCGCAGAUUCUCGACUUGGAUGAAAACAUUUGCUUUGGGAAGAUAAACUUCGGCGAUGAAUUUAACACAGCAAAGAAGGAGUAAACUGUUGGUUCAAAAUUGAAAAUCAAUAUGUAUUCGGAUCUGGAUCACGUAUUUCUCAUCUUAGGUUCUCCAGGAAGAUAUCAACUGUUAGUAGGAUUUUUAGUUUGCUGUCUUCAGUUACCGGCAUAUUUUACAGAUAUUCUGUUAGAAGUGUUUUCUUUUACUCCACCUCAUCGAUGUCGAGUGAAACCCGAUGGAAACCGAACUUUAGGUGAAAGCGAACUGAGACCUUUAGUAGAAAUUAAUGGAAAAAGAUUAUUUUCUUCGUGCAGUAGAUACGUCGAUCCUAAUGAUAAAAGUUUAGGCACAGAAAAUUGUCUAGAAGGUUGGGAAUUUCUGUUACCACAAAAUGAUUGGAGCGUCGUUGUGGAGUGGGAAUUAGUUUGCCAAAGAGAAUUUUUGGUCAAGUUGCUACCUUACAUAUACAACGGAGUGGCCAUCGUUGGUUGCACUCUCAUCGGUUGUUUAGCCGACCGUUAUGGUAGAAAAAUAAUACUUUUAUUCGCUACAUUUUUGCAUUCUGCGCUCUCUAUUGCGUUAUAUUUUCCACCAAAUUACACGUCAUUUGCUACUCUUUAUGCCAUAGACGGAGUAUUUGCUUUGAGUAUUCAAUGCAUUUCUUAUAUUUUGUUACUGGAAAUUCUUCCGACUCCAUAUCAGUGGAAAGCAGCGGCAUGGCUAGCUGCAAUCAGGCCUUGUAGUUUGCUUAUGUCGUCACUUUUCGCCUGGCUUAUACGCCAUUGGAGAUACGUUCAACUGGCUGUGGCAGUUUUAGCUAUCGUCCCACUUGCAUUCUUUUGGUUGAUUCCUCGUUCUCUUCAUUGGUUGGUAUCAGAAAAUAAAUUAUCGGAUGCCGAAAACGAAGUAGAAAGAAUUGCUCAAUUUAAUAAUAUUAGUGUUCGUCCAAGUUUCCGUCUACAGCUGCAAAAUGCCUAUAAUGUCAUCAGAUCAUCCGGAGGAACGUCUUCCUCCCGUCAUAGUCUGGAAGUCAUAUUUUGUUCGAAACGUCUCAGAAGAUAUACUUUUAUACAAUAUUAUAUCUGGUUUUCAAUGGUUUUGGUAUCUCAAGUAACAAUAGAUGAUGUUCCUGCUUUGAAGGAAAGAAAAUAUUUAAGUCUUUUUGUAGAAGGUUUAAUAGGAUUAGGAAUGAUCAUAUUCAUUUAUUUUCUUGUCGAUAGGUUUAUUGAUAAUUGA